CUUCUGUUAUUGAAAAGACUCCAGAGUUGCUGGUUUGGCUGGCUCUCUUCAACAUGAAGAUUCCUGCCCUUCUCUUUGUUUUAUUUUUCUUUCUGACCUCAUUGUCACCAGUGAAAUGUGCCAUGAGAGACACCUAUGAUUGCUUUAUCAAGAGAGGCAACUGUAGACAUGAAUGCCAUUAUUUUGAAAGCCAUGUUGGUUUCUGCACAAAACUAAAUGCCAAAUGUUGUAUGUAGAAGUCUGAAAUAAAAAUAUGCAUCCCUGAAAAAUAAAGCACAGUUGAGUAGAAGAAUUAAUAACAAAUGAAACUGAGGU